UCAUGUUGAUGUCAUCGCCAAUCUCCACCUCAUAACUCUAAACUUCUCGCGCUGGUUUAGACAUUGCACCUUCAAUAAUACCUGUCCGUUCUGACCGUAUAGUACUUACUUUUGCUCACAGCAGUCAGAAACCGACGUGAUGCUCACACCAACCAACAGAGUCGCCCAGAGGCGUCUCCUCACACUCUUCCGCGCGCCGACCUCGGCAGGGACCAGGAGCCCUCUCCAAGCCUGCCUCCCUGCCUUCAUCCAAGCCCGCCAUGUCGUGAACGCGCCUAACAAGGACAAACCCCAUGUGCUAGCUGCCAAACAACACGAUGAUAUGGGCGGACCUGCUGGCCAGGAAACGCUCAUUGAUAGCAAACCGCUGAGGAGGAGAUACGCCAUGAUUACCGGUCUAUGCGUUCUGGCAGCGGGUUCUGCCAUGCUAUAUGCGAAAUCUUCAAGGAGCAGCUCGGAUGCUAAAGCAGGGUAUGUGCUGGUACACGAUUCGUCCAAGGGAGAACUUGACGAUGUUAAAUAUAUCAAGUCGUCUGACCUCCCUAGGCGUUAGAGAGUUUGAAGCCUGAUUCUGGGGUUCUUUUGGGGCAUGCCGUAGUCUCUAGGAUAUGGGAUAGUCUGUGUUCUGCGUGGCAACGCUACCAGUCAGUCAUACCGUUAUUGAAAUCUGACGGA